AUGGGGAAGCAAGAAACAGAGCUCAUCUUCAUUCCAUUUCCGAUCACCGGACACCUUCUCGUGACAAUCGAGCUCGCGAAACUUCUCCUCAGUCACGACGACCCUCGUCGGAUCCACACCAUCACCAUCCUCCAUUGGGGCUUGCCUUUCCUCCCUCGGUCUAACAACGACGCCUUCCUCCAAUCUCUAGUCAAAACAGAGUCUCGCAUCCGUCUCGUUGCCUUGCCUGAGCUUCAAAACCCUCCACCAAUGGAGCUCUUCAUAAAAGCUUCCGAAGCUUACAUUGUUGAAUUCGUCAAGAAAAUGGUUCCUUCGGUCAGAGACGCCGUCGCCACCGUCUUGUCUUCUUCUCGCGACGGAUCGGAUUCAGUUAAAGUCGCCGGAAUCGUCCUCGAUUUCUUCUGCGUCCCUCUGAUCGAUGUCUGUAACGAAUUUCACCUCCCUUCUUACAUUUUCCUCACUUGCAGCGCCGGAUUCUUGGGUAUGAUGAAGUACCUCCCGGAGAGGCACCGCAAAAUCAAAUCGGGAUUUGACCGGAGCUCCGGCGAGGAGAAAAACCCAGUUCCUGGAUUCGUCUGCUCCGUUCCCAAUAGGGUAUUGCCACCGGGUCUGUUCAAGAGCGAAUCCUACGAAGGUUGGGUCGAAAUGACCGAAAGAUUCCAUGAAGCUAAAGGGAUUUUGGUCAAUUCGUUUACAGCUCUCGAGCCUAACGCCUUUGAUUACUUCGAUCGUCUUCCAGAGAAUGAUUACCCACCCGUUUACCCGGUGGGUCCGAUUUUCUGCUCUAACGAUCGUCCGGAUUUGGACUCAUCGGAGAGAGAUCGGAUCACGACGUGGCUCGACGAGCAACCGGAGUCAUCGGUAGCGUUCCUCUGCUUCGGGAGCUUGAAGAAACUCGACGUUUCUCAGAUUCAGGAGAUCGCUCAAGCCUUAGAGAUCGUCGGCUGCAGAUUCCUCUGGUCGAUUCGAACAGACCCGAAGGAAUACCCGAGCCCGAACGGGAUCUUACCGGACGGGUUCUUGAACCGGGUCUCGGGUAUCGGUCUCGUGUGUGGUUGGGCUCCUCAAGUGGAAAUUCUGGCCCAUAAAGCAAUCGGAGGAUUCGUAUCUCACUGCGGUUGGAACUCGAUACUGGAGGGUUUGCGUUUCGGCGUUCCAAUCAUCACGUGGCCAAUGUACGCGGAACAGCAGCUAAACGCGUUUACGAUUGUGAAGGAGCUCGGUCUGGCGUUGGAGAUGCGUUUGGAUUACGUGUCGGCCAAUGGAGAAAUCGUGAAAGCUGAUGAAAUUGCUAGAGCCCUCCGAUCUUUAAUGGACGGUGAGGAUGUUUCGAGGUGGAAACUGAAGGAGAUAGCGGAAGCGGCCAAGGAGGCUGUGAUAGACGACGGAUCUUCGUUUGUAGCGGUUAAAAGAUUCAUCGACUGUUUGUAA